UUAGAUUACUGAAAUACAGACAACAAAAGUAGAGUAAAUAAAGUGUUAUUAAAACUAUAUAUAUAUACACAAAUUUAUGUUUAUGUAUAGAUAGGGUAAAUGUUUUGUUUAGUCUUCAUAUUUUUUUGAAUUUUUUGUUUUGGAUUGAAGCUAAUUUUUGUUAAUGGAGGAAAAAACAGCAAUUCAUACAGUAAUAAAUGGAGUGCAGGCACUUGGAAGGGGUUUUGAUGUAAAUUAUGAUACAAGGUUGUUAUAUUGUAAGGGAAUGGGUGGGUCUAGGGUUGUAGAAAUUAAUGAAGAAAAUACAAGUGAUCUUUGGUUAUAUGAUGAUGUUAUUGUGCAAAAUGUUUCAAAAGAUAUUAGCAACUUUCAAGAAUCUGUUGGACGCCAUGGAACUAAUGUUUGCUCUUAUAAUGAGAUGGUGGAAUAUUUUAAUAAAAAGGCUAAUCUACCAGGCCAUGCUCCUCUUGGUAGCUUCAAUGUUGCAUUCAGUUAUACUGGUUCAAAGAAUAUAGAUACCGCGAGUACAAAGACGCUUUGUAUGGAUGGAUUUUUCAUACCACUUUCUAAUCUUCAACUCAUGACUUCCCCUCUUGUUUUACGGGACGACGUUAAAAGAGCUGUGCCAACAUCGUGGGAUCCGCUAGCACUGGCAAGCUUCAUUGAGAAUUUUGGAACACAUGUAAUUACAUCUGUAACUAUCGGUGGAAAGGAUGUAAUUUACGUUAAACAGCAUAUAUCAUCACCUCUAUCCACAGUAGAAAUAAAAAAUUACGUUCAAGACAUCGGAAAUCAGAGAUUCUCCAGCACAGGAAGCCUUACAAGUUCAGGUUUAUUGAAAUACAAGCAGGCUGGUGAUCCAUCAAUUUUCAAUAAUCAGGGGAUAUAUCCGCAACCUACUAGUGCGCCAUAUAUUCCCGGAAAUGGAAAAGAGGAUGUUACAGUCAGUUGCAGAAGAAGGGGAGGGGAUGAUCUGGAACAAAGCCAUACUCAAUGGGCGCAUACUAUUAGAUCUUCUCCAGACGUUAUUGAGAUGUCGUUUGUUCCUAUCAUACUCCUCCUUGAAGGGGUUAAAGGGAGGGAUUAUUUGGCACGGGCUAUAAGUCUUUAUCUUGAAUACAAACCUCAAAUCGAGGAGCUUAGAUAUUUCUUAGAGUUUCAGGUCCCGAGAGUAUGGGCUCCUGUACAUGACAAACUUCCUAAUCAGCAUAGAAAGGAACCUGUUUGCCCAUCGCUUCAGUUUAGCAUGAUGGGGCAAAAGCUUUUUGUUAACCUUGAACAAGUGUCAGUGGGACGUAAGCCCGUGACCGGCUUGCAACUAUAUCUUGAAGGGUCGAAGGUUAAUCGACUAUGCAUCUAUCUUCAGCAUCUUGUUUCUCUUCCUAGGAUCCUCCAACCAUACUGGGAAAGUCAUAUAGCAAUUGGGGCUCCAAAGUGGCAGGGUCCUGAAGAACAAGACAGUAGAUGGUUCGAAGCAGUGAAAUGGAAGAACUUCUCACAUGUGAGUAGUGCACCAAUUGAGAGCCCGGAAACUUUCAUAGGAGAUCUUUCAGGUGUAUACAUAGUCACAGGAGCUCAGCUUGGGGUCUGGGAUUUUGGUUCGAGAAACGUCUUGUAUAUGAGGCUCUUGUAUUCAAGGCUACCGGGCUGCACUAUUAGAAGAUCGUUGUGGGAUCACACCCCGAAUGACAAGUUAAGGAAACAGGCUGAUAGCAAUGGCAAUGAAAGUUCAAUUCCAGGACAGAAUUUUAUUGGCAAUAAGUUGGCAAAAUUUGUUGACAUGACGGAGAUGAGCAAGGGACCUCGAGAUCCUCCGGGUCAUUGGGUUGUCACAGGUGGAAAACUUGGUGUUGAUAAAGGGAAAAUUGUUUUGAGAUUGAAGUAUUCUUUGUUAAAUUAUUAGUUAGAAAGGGAGAGAUGGUGAAUUAUAUUGGUGUUCUUGUGUACUCACUUUGUUUCAACCCCAAUAUAAGGCAUUUCAGGAAUCGACCUGAUUCUAUCUUUUUUUCUUACCGUUUGAAGAAAGGAAGGAUCCCAAAGAAUUGGUCUUUUUUGUUGUUGUUGAAUCUAUAUACUUGGUGGUUUUGGA